AUGAUCUUCUCCAAUAUAGCCUCUGUCACCGCGCUCGCGGCGACAGUCGCCGCGACGCUCUCCACCUACCAGCCCAAGCGUCGUGCCCCAGCCGAAUUCGACUGGGAGACCCUAACGCCGUCGCGCGAACUAGAGUUCUCGCGAUGCUACGAGGAAUACGAGUGCGCCAGACUCAUUGUCCCUCUGGACUGGACCGAGAGGAAUGCCGAGAAGCGCCAAGGCGGCCGCACCAUGACACUCGCGCUUACCCGGUUGACGGCCAAUUCGACAGACGGCACCGCGUACGGCGGCACGGUGAUUGUCAACCCGGGCGGCCCUGGUGAUUCGGGCACGGUGGAAAUGCUCAAGAACGGCCACUAUCUCCGAGAUCUGGUAGCCACGGAACGCAUGCACUUUGACGUGCUGUCGUUUGACCCGCGCGGCAUGGGCUUCAGCACGCCCAACGUCGACUGCUUUGCCGGGGAAGAGGCAAGCCGCACGCUGUACAGCGCUCACUCGCUUGGCAUGGAGGUUGGUGGAGUGCGUGGCGAUGAUCGGGAUGAGGUUGUCGCGGCGCAAAGGGCCGCGGCGAGAGCGCACGGCGCCAAGUGCAAUGUGCCCGGGGAGGACGGGUACGUGGUGCAAGAGUAUGUGGGUACGCCUUCGGUGGCGAGGGAUAUGCUGCUGAUGGUGGAUGAGCUGGAGAAGCUGCGCGUCAAGGAAGCAAAGGGGAAGAAGAAUGGAAGAGAUCAGGGAGUGCAGAAGACGCUUGGUCACGCGGACAAUGAAGGUGGAGAGGACAAGCUGCCGAGGCUGCUGUACUUCGGCACGUCGUAUGGCACGAUGCUGGGAAAUACUUUCAUCUCGCUGUUUCCCGGGAGAGUAAAGCGCAUGAUCCUGGACGGCAAUGUCGUGCCUGAAGACUACACGUCUGGAAACUGGGCAGUGAAUAUUGCCGACACGUCCAAGGUCAUCAGUUAUUUCUACGACGCCUGCUUUGACGCCAAGAGCGCCUGUGCCCUCUACGAUCCCAAGGCCGAUAAAUCGCCCGCGGCGCUGCGCGAAAAGGUCGCUGACCUCGCCACGCGUCUCACCGAAGAGCCCCUUGCCAUUGCCGGCAAAAACAUGGCCCCGUCUAUUCUCACAGGCUCCGUCGUGCAGGCCACCUUCGCCGACGCCCUCUACGACCCCAUCGGCGGCUUCUCCAAGCUCGCCUCCACGCUCGCCGACGCCGUGGCCGGCAACUACACGGCGCUCAUCGCCGCCGCGGGCGUGCAGCUGCGCCCAGACGAGGCGGCAUGCGAGAAUGGCGGCCGCGCCAGCAUCGCCGAGUACCGCUGGCAGACGGAGGCCAACAUGGCGGUGCGGUGUGGCGACGGGCCCGACCAGCGCAACACGACGCUCGCGGCGUGGCGCGCGCAGCUUAAGCAGGCGCGGGACCUGUCCCCCGAGUGGGCGGACCUCUGGAUGAGCGUCGAGUGCCUCGAGUGGCCGGUCCGCCCCAACUGGCGCUUCGAGGGCCCGUUUGGGUCGCCCGAGGCGGAGCAGGCCGGUGGAAAGCAGCAUCAGGCGGACGGCCGGCCGUCGGCGCCGGUCCUCUUCCUGGCCAGCAGGUUCGACCCCGCGACGCCAAUGGGCAGCUCGGUCACGGCCGCCAAGGCGCACGCGGGAUCGGGCCUGCUGGUGCAGAACACGUACGGGCACUGCGCGACGCUGAGCGCGCCGAGCGAGUGCACCAAGGAGAUGGUGGGCAGGUACAUGGAGACGGGCCGCCUGCCGGAGAAAGGGGCCGAGUGCGAGGGGGCCUGCAUGCCGUUUGAGGAGUGCCCGUAUCUGAGAAUGGUGCUGCCGCGGUAG